AUGGCAGCAGAAACAUCCACAUCCACACCUACAUCUACAACAACAUCGACUCCAAUUCGAGAUCUUCAAGAAACACCUACAUGGGCGGUCGCCGUCGUUUGUUUCUGCCUCAUCUUCCUCUCCAUAAUCCUUGAACAAAUCAUUCACCGCGUUACUAUAUGGCUAAAGAAAUAUAAGAAGAAAUCACUUGAGGAAGCAGUGGAGAAACUUAAAUCAGAGCUGAUGCUGUUAGGGUUCAUUUCGCUUGUAUUGGUAGCACUACAAGGACCCAUCUCAAGUAUUUGUAUACCAAUGAAAGUUGCAGAUACCAUGCUUCCAUGCCCUAAAUCUGCAAUCGCUACUACUGGACAGAAAUUCAGUCUCACCCAACACUUCAUGCGUCCAUGGCAUCCACACAGAUUAUUAGCAUCUACCACUUCCAUCUCUGUUACAUGCGCUUCUGGAAAGGUUCCACUGAUUUCCUAUGAAGGAGUACACCAACUACACAUCUUUAUCUUUGUGUUAGCAGCGACUCAACUUAUUUACAGUCUCGUCACCAUGGGACUAGGAAGGGCAAAGAUGAGGCGUUGGAAAGCUUGGGAAGAAGAGACUCAAUCCAUCUCCUACCAAGUGGCCAAUGAUCCUGCACGGUUUAGAUUUACACGGGAAACUACAUUCGGUAGACGACAUUUGGGUAUUUGGACAAGGUCAACAAUACUUCUAUGGAUUAAAUGUUUCUUCCGCCAAUUCUUCAACUCGGUAGCAGAAGUUGAUUAUCUCACACUGCGCCAUGGCUUCAUCAAUGCACAUAUGCCCACCAACACCAAUUUCAAUUUCCGAAAAUACAUACAGAGGUCCUUGGAGGAGGAUUUCAAGGUUGUAAUUGGAAUCAGCCCCUCUCUGUGGUUGGUUGUUGUUAUCCUCCUGCUAGGUGAUGUAAAUGGAUUUCAUCUAUAUCUUUGGAUAGCCUAUGUUCCAUUGCUAAUAGUACUAGUUCUUGGAACCAAACUUGAAGUCAUUUUGGCAAGAAUGGCUCUGCAACUCAAAGAACAGACCUCUGUUGUCAUAGGAGCCCCUGUGGUGCAACCUGAUGACAAUCUUUUCUGGUUCAGUAAGCCUAGAUUUGUUUUGAGUCUUCUACACUUCACCAUGUUCAUGAAUGCUUUUGAGCUCGCUUUCUUUCUCUGGGCAACGUGGCAAUUUACAUUGAAAUCUUGUUACCAAGAAAGCAUAGCAAUGGCAGUCACAAGGGGGUCAUUAGCGUUGUUUGUGCAAAUCCUUUCCAGCUACAUUACACUUCCAAUCUAUGCCCUUGUGACACAGAUGGGUUCACAAUACAAGAGUGCAGCAGUAUUAGAUGAGAACACCAUGGAAUCAGUAAGGCGAUGGCAUGAAAGGGCGAAGAAGAAGAAACAACAAUCAUCAGAAUCAUCACAUCGACCUCUAAUAAGAGGUUCCAACUCUGAAUUUGGGAGUCCUUUGGAAAUUUCAGCACCAUCUACCCCUCGACAUACAACAACACCUGCAGAAAUUAUUUCAUCCCCUUGGGAUGAAAUCAGGGAAGUCGAAGAGGUACUAAAAGAUGCCAAUUUUGCUUCUGGAUCUGUGGUCAUAGAAUUAUCGACUUUGAAGUGAGUCAUGAGAGGACCUCUGCAAUUCAGGAAGCAUUGAAUUCAUGUAACCAAAUGUAUAGAUGAGUUAGCUUCAUAGUUUUCAUACAACAUGAAACAAGGGGAUUGUUGCCUCAAAUGAGAGAACCAGAGAGUAUAUGAAACAA